UGCUUAUUGCUUCUGGAUUCAUCCAUCGCCAUUUAAACCUCGGUUCAAAUUCGAGAGCGAUAUGAAGAUCUGGUUCGCAAAGCAUAGUUCUCCAAGUCGACUCCAAUUCAACGCUAAAAGCUAGGCUGAAAACGUCGCGUGCAUGUGAACGCGCCUUAUCGGUGAUCGUCAAGAAUCGAGAAUCGAAAGAAUUCAAGAACACUCGUGAGCAAAUGUUACUACGUGUAAAUAGAUUAGAUUAUAACUAUUAGUUAAUUAAAUAAAACGUGUAUACUUGGCGUGUGACCAAGUUAUGUUCACCGGCUUUAAAUUGCCUCUUUAUGACUGAAAUCUGUUGAAAAGGUCUUUGCUCAAUUGUAAGUUUCUACCGAUUCAGUACCGUUUUCACAUAUUUCAAAUGGAUAGACUUUUUGUCACCGUCCUGUUCAGUCUGCUAUUUAGCGGAUUCAAUGCAGACAAAGAUCAUAUACACAAUGAGGAUUUCAGUGAUACCUUAAAUCAUGGUUAUCGAAGCCCGGUCCCUAAAGGGUUUGCCUACCUAGCCGAGCAUUUCGAUGACCCUGAACACUUUAAGAAACAAUGGGUCUUAUCUCAAGCUAAAAAGGAUGAUAUUGAUGAGGAAAUAGCCAAAUACGAUGGUAUUUGGAAGUUGGAAGAAGCUUCAAAAUAUGCUCAGGAAGGUAACACUGGAUUAGUUUUGAAAAGUAAGGCUCGUCAUGCUGCCAUCUCUGCUCCUUUGUCAAGACCUUUUUAUUUCGAAGACAAACCUUUAGUCGUUCAGUAUGAAGUGAUACUACAAGAAGGUCAAGAAUGCGGCGGUGCUUACCUUAAACUUCUGACUCUUGAUUCUCAGCAUAAAGACCUUAAACUCUUCAAUGACAAGACUCCCUAUACCAUUAUGUUUGGGCCAGACAAAUGUGGAAAUGAUCAUAAGCUGCACUUCAUUUUCCGUCAUCAAAACCCUCUUAAUGGUUCCUUUGAAGAAAAGCACUGCAAAAAACCCAAAGAGCGUCUUGAAGAUGCAUUCAAGGACAAACAGCCUCAUUUGUACACACUUAUAAUUCGACCAGACAAUACUUUUCAAGUGAAGCUAGACAAUAGCGUUGUAAAUGAAGGUAGCCUACUGGAUGACUUUACUCCACCUGUUAAUCCACCUUUGGAGAUUGAAGACCCUAAUGAUAAACGUCCGGAAGAUUGGGAUGAGAGGGAAAAGAUACCUGAUCCCUUAGCUAUUAAGCCUGAGGACUGGGAUGAAGAUGCACCAGCUCAAAUAAUUGAUGAAGAAGCAGUAAUUCCUGACGGUUGGCUAGAAGAUGAGUCAGCGAUGAUACCUGAUUCUAGCGCAAUAAAGCCUGAAGACUGGGACAAUGAAAUGGAUGGAGAAUGGGAACCACCUAUGUUGAGCAACCCGCUGUGCGAGAAAGCUCCAGGAUGUGGUCCGUGGAAGCAACCAUUGAAACAGAAUCCCCGUUUCAAAGGAAAAUGGUUGGCGCCGCUAAUAAACAAUCCUAAUUACAAGGGUAAAUGGAUGCCUCGUCUUAUACAUAAUCCUGCCUAUUUUAACGACGAACAUCCUUUCAAAAUGACCCCAAUUUUCGCAGUUGGAUUUGAACUCUGGUCCAUGUCACCUGAUAUCUUCUUUGACAAUAUUAUUAUCACAGAUAGUGAAGAAGUUGCAAAGAAAUGGUCUGAUGAUUCGUUUGAAUUACAUCGAGCAAAAAUUGCUCAACAAAACGAAACUUUAUGGGGUAGAAUGAUGCAUUCUAUGAACCAUAAGCCAGGAUGGUGGGCCAUAUAUUUCAUCUACUGCGCUAUACCUGUUGUUAUGUACAUCUCUUACCUAAUCAAGCGCUCUGGAGAGGAUAAACAAGACUUCAAACCAGAAGAUAGAGAGCCUUUGCAAAAUGAAGAACUAAAUGAAGAAGAGAGUGUGGCAGAUGAAGAAGAUACUAGUGCAGAGAACAAAGAGACUGACCAGAAGAAUAAAGAAGAGACUGAUGGAAAACAAAAAGAAGUUGUUGAACCUGAAGAGUCGGAGAACAGUAGAGAAUCAGACGAAGCUGUGACGGAGGAGUCUAUUAAUAAGGAGAAGCCACUAGAAGGAGGUGAUGGGCCUCGCCGAAGAAAGCCUAAUAAAGAAUGAGCGCAGUGAAGAUUGACGUAUUGUAAUCACAUUCCGCUGUAAGUUCACUAUCAAAUGUUCUACAAUUACAAGUUAAUAUUACAGUUGAUAAGUAUUAAAUUUAUCCUGGACGACAACAGAGUUAUCUGUUAGCAUACCACUUUUAUUAGCUACAAUUAGAUCACUAUUUAGUAUCGUGUGAUCUUUUUGGGGAAUAGCAGUCAAAGCAUUUCAUGUGUCAAUAGUUUUUCUUUUAUAAUAUUUGUUAAUAACGAGUAAUUGAACUUUAUUCAACCUACGUAGCAGCGAUGAAACGUGGACAGCUUUCUCAUUGAAAAUAUCUUAUGUUCACUUAAUGUUAGUCGCAGAAAUUAAACUCCACAAUAUCAAUAUUAUAAUACUAAUGAUGAAGUUUCUGAGAGUGAACAUUUAGUUACUGCCACCAGGUUUUCAUUAUGUAGUUCAUAAAGUUCGUUCGUGUGAUUUUGAGUGAUCGAUAGAUUGUGUAAAUUUUUUUCCGGAACAUCUUAAAAUUUAUUCCCGUAUAUUCAUUAAACUUUGUGCUUGUCUCUAGAAACUUUUUUGUUAGACAAUUGAAAAAAUCAUCUUUUGUGGGUUUACCACCUGUCUAAUCUUUAUGUGGAUUAUACAGUUCAAUAAAUCUCACGUGUAUGAGCUUAUGAAACUUUUGGGAAAUUUAGGUGAUAAUUGGCAGCGUGUAAAUCUUUGAGGUGAAAUUCUCAAUACACCUUUCUUCACCCAUCAUUAUGAAAUGAAAUCAAUUUCUAUUACAUCUUUAUUAUCUUUGUUUCCAAAUUUCGUGUUAUAAUGAGGACACAAGUAAUUGGUGAGAAGACGAGGUCGACGUUGCUUAAUAAAAAUUAUUUUGACCAUAUGAUCAGUAUUACGUAUGUAGUGAAACAAGCAAUGGCAUUCCUUACGAGUAAAAAUGAUGUUAAUGAUCUCGAAAUUGAGAAUAUUGGAGUAAUCCUCAAUGUAAGGAGUCAAUUUUGACAAAGUUAUAUCGAACCUAUGUAUUUUUAAUACUGAUCUUGUACUGAAAGCUGUAAUACGUUUGACUACGAAUUGAUCAAAAUGGAUACAAAUACACACAAGUACUGAUCUGGUA